UUUCUGUCUUCUCAUCAAAUCAAACCAUCUACGAUGGCUCAUCUUAUUACUAAAUCAAUCUUUUGCUCUCUCAUUAUUGCACUUUUCACCAAGUUUCUAUACCCUGACAUCUUCCAAAAUGGCUCAUUACCACAUAUUUCAAUAUUCAUCCUUUUACUCCCUUUAUUCGCAUUCUUGUUUACCUCAAUUUCUAAUUCUUCCAAAAACCUCCCUCCAAGCCCUAUUUCUAUCCCCAUAUUUGGCAACUGGCUUCAAGUAGGAAAUGACCUUAAUCAUCGCAACCUAGCUUCUAUGUCACAAUCUUAUGGUCCUGUAUUUCUACUUAAACUUGGUUCCAAAAAUUUAGCUGUAGUUUCUGACCCUGAACUAGCUACUCAAGUCUUACACACACAAGGCGUAGAGUUCGGGUCUCGCCCACGAAACGUGGUGUUCGAUAUUUUCACCGGCAACGGUCAAGAUAUGGUGUUUACGAUAUAUGGUGAUCAUUGGAGGAAGAUGCGUAGAAUUAUGACACUGCCAUUUUUCACUAACAAAGUUGUGCAAAAUUAUAGUAAUAUGUGGGAGAAAGAAAUGGACUUAGUGGUAUGUGACUUGAAAGCAGACUUAAAGGUGAGAGAUGAAGGGAUUGUUAUCAGAAAACGUUUGCAAUUGAUGUUGUAUAAUAUUAUGUAUGGAAUGAUGUUUGAUGCAAGAUUUAAAUCGCAAGAUGACCCAUUGUUCAUUGAAGCUACAAGGUUUAAUUCUGAGAGGAGUAGGUUGGCUCAAAGUUUUGAGUACAAUUAUGGAGAUUUUAUUCCUUUGCUUAGACCAUUUCUAAGAGGGUACUUGAACAAGUGCAAGGAUUUGCAGCAGAGGAGGCUAGCUUUUUUCAAUGAUUAUUUUGUUCAAAGAAGAAGGAAAAUAAUGGCUGCAAACGGAGAGAAACACAAAAUAAGUUGUGCAAUUGAUCACAUAAUAGAUGCUCAAUUGAAAGGAGAGAUUAGCGAAGAAAAUGUGUUAUACAUUGUGGAAAACAUUAAUGUUGCAGCAAUUGAAACAACAUUAUGGUCCAUGGAGUGGGCCAUAGCUGAGUUGGUCAACAAUCCAUCUGUACAACGGAAAAUCAGAGAUGAAAUCUCAACCGUCCUUAAAGGACAUCCAAUUACAGAAUCUAGUAUACAAGAGUUACCUUACUUGCAAGCAACUGUAAAAGAGACAUUAAGAUUGCACACUCCAAUUCCCUUACUUGUACCACAUAUGAACCUUGAAGAAGCAAAAUUAGGAGGAUUUACCAUUCCUAAAGAAUCUAAAGUAGUAGUCAAUGCCUGGUGGCUGGCUAAUAAUCCUAAAUGGUGGAAAAAUCCUGAGGAGUUCCGGCCGGAGAGAUUUUUUGAAGAAGAAUCUGGAACUGAGGCUGUCGCUGGAGGAAAAGUCGAUUUCCGAUAUUUACCCUUUGGUAUGGGAAGACGGAGCUGCCCAGGAAUUAUAUUGGCAUUGCCAAUUUUAGGACUUGUGAUUGCAAAAUUGGUAUCAAACUUUGAGAUGAAAGCUCCAAAAGGGAUUAACAAGAUUGAUGUGAGUGAAAAAGGAGGACAAUUCAGCUUGCACAUAGCUAACCAUUCCACCGUCGUUUUUCAUCCAAUCAAAUAAGUUUGUAAUGGACAAUGCAAAAUCAAAUAAUAAUUGAGUGAUUUGAGUGAAUUGGUUUGCCCCUACGACAGUCUCAUGCACUUGUAAACCCUUUUUCUUUUACAGCAUGUAAGAUAAUUUUCUAUAUAAAGAUUAAUUCAAUAUGGAUAUUGCAUAUUCAAGAUU